AGGGCGGGCGGAACCACCGAAACCCAGCACAGGGGGCGGCGUAGCGGCAACCUGCUGGAGGCAGAGCGGAGGCCGGGUGUAGGGGGGCUCCGCACGGGAUCCGGUCCCGGGAGGCAAUCGAAUAAGGCGCGGGGACGCGGGGGCCUCGAGCGCGCAUUGGCGAUAGGCAGGCGGGCGAGCCCACGGCACCGCGCCCCCCGCACCCCCGCCCCCGCGCUGCGGAGAAUGGGCACCUCGGGCCGCGGGGCGCAGCCGGAGAAUAAACCCCAAUGAUCACGGGCUGAGUCCGCGCCACCACCAUGUCCGUGGCCUUCGCGUCGGCCCGGCCGAGAGGCAAAGGGGAGGUCACUCAGCAGACCAUCCAGAAGAUGCUGGAUGAGAACCACCACCUGAUCCAGUGCAUCCUGGACUACCAGAGCAAGGGCAAGACAGCCGAGUGCACCCAGUACCAGCAGAUCCUGCACCGGAACCUGGUCUACCUGGCCACCAUAGCGGAUUCCAACCAGAACAUGCAGUCUCUGCUUCCCGCGCCUCCAACACAGAACAUGAACCUCGGCCCCGGAGCACUGAGUCAGAGCGGUUCCAGCCAGGGCCUGCACCCCCAGGGCAGCCUCAGUGACACCGUCAGCACAGGCCUGCCCCCUGCCUCCCUCAUGCAGGGCCAGAUUGGUAACGGUCCAAACCACGUGUCCAUGCAGCAGACGGCUCAGAGCACGCUGCCUACAACCUCCAUGAGUAUGUCAGGCAGUGGCCAUGGUACUGGGCCUGGGUACAGCCACUCGGGACCUACAUCGCAGAGUGUCCCCAUGCAAGGCCAAGGUGCCAUCAGCAACUAUGUGUCUCGGACCAACAUCAACAUGCAGUCCAACCCAGUCUCCAUGAUGCACCAGCAGGCAGCCACGUCCCACUACAACUCAGCGCAGGGUGGAAGCCAGCAUUACCAGGGCCAGGCGCCCAUUGCCAUGAUGGGCCAGGGUGGCCAAGGAGGCAGCAUGAUGGGGCAGCGGCCCAUGGCGCCCUACCGACCCUCUCAGCAAGGCUCUUCCCAGCAGUACCUGGGCCAGGAGGAGUACUACAGUGAACAGUACAGCCACAGCCAGGGUUCUGCAGAGCCCAUGAGUCAACAGUACUACCCGGACGGCCACAGUGACUACGCCUAUCAGCAGUCGUCCUACACAGAGCAGAGCUACGACCGUUCAUUUGAGGACCCCACACAGCACUACUAUGAGGGGGGAAACUCCCAGUACAGUCAGCAGCAGGCCGGGUACCAGCAGGGCACAGCGCAGCAGCAGACCUACUCCCAGCAGCAGUAUCCCAACCAGCAGAGCUACCCUGGGCAGCAGCAGGGCUACGGCCCUGCCCAGGGAGCCCCCUCACAGUACUCAGGCUACCAGCAAGGACAAGGUCAGCAGUAUGGAAGCUACAGAGCGUCGCAGACAGGACCUUCUGCCCAGCAGCAGCGGCCUUACGGCUAUGAGCAGGGCCAGUAUGGAAAUUACCAGCAAUAAAGGACAAGCGUUGGCUUUGGACCCUUCAUAGUAGUAUGUUCUGGAUGAACCAGUGGCAGUUCCGAUGAGUAAUGACACGUUGGUCACCCUCUUUGCCCAGUGCCGUGUCUGCAUGAGAGGCAGGCUCGUUUCGUGCUGGGUGUGAUGCUGUGCGCACCACUGGCUGAAAUGGCGUGACAUGUUUGGUGCUGUGUAAAGUAUUGUAUAUGGGUACGAUGGGGAGGUUGUCCUGUUUGUGUCCCCCGUCCGCCUCCCUGAUGUUCUUAGCUAGCUUCGGGGGGUCACAGAGUCAUCGCGUGUUCUAUGCCCAGUGAUGAGACAGUAUCUGAGAGACAUCGUGGCCCACGCUACCAUGAAUAGACCCAGUCUGCCCCCUCUCAUACCAUUGUUGUAAGCGGACCGUUUUAAGAUGUUUCUUCAACUGGCGGCUCAUAGCUUGACGUACGUACGACGCUGGGUGGCCAUCUCCUCUGUGCCUAAGUAGGGCCUGGGGACACCUUCUGUGUCUUGGGUCAUGUCACUGUAACAAGGAAAAUGUGCUUCGUGUGCAAAGACCAUGAGCUGUCCUUUCCAGGACUUGGCAGUCGCCUGUGUCUCUCCAGGUUCCCUGAUCCCUGAGUACGUCUUUGUGGUAGAGAGUGAAGAGGGAUCAGUGACUGUAUUCCAGAUAACUGCCACUGUGAUGGGUGAUGGCAUCGGGAGGGGAGCCUUCCCUGAGGAGGGCGAUGUCUGAAGAGCAAGUCUCGCUGUCUCCCGGCUGCUUGUGCCUAGUGUGGCUUUGGCCCUUGUUUAUUUGGUGUCAUCUGUAGGAUUUGAGUGUUGCCGGAACCUAAAUUUAAAGACAAUUUUAAGUACUCGUGUUUAAUUUUA